AUGGAUAGGCUCAUCGCCACAUUUUCUGGGUUACGCUGGAUCCAUGACGAGCAAUCCUUUGGGCGAAUUAUGUGUUACGUUACCGCAUUCGCCAAGGCUCUUCCACAAAUGGUAGACAACUGCUCUACGACGCGCUCAAAGAAGCUUGUGUACGUUGGGCGAGAUGGAAGGAACACUGGGGAUGAAUACCCUAAGUACAUUAUCGCAGCCCUCCUUCUGGAAGGUUUUAACGUUAAAUACCUUGACAUUGUUCCCACCCCUACAGUGCAGCAGUUGGUCCGUAACUCCCAGUGCGCAGGAGGAGUGAUCGCGACUGCUUCUCACAAUCCCCCCAAGUGGAAUGGACUUAAGUUUGUUGGGCCCAGUAGCAUAUUCCUCACCCCAGACGAGUGUACUCGUGUGUAUAGUUGUGUCACCGAAGAUAUGCUUCAAAAGGAGUAUCACAGCUUCAUGACCAAACAUCCACAUACAGUGCUAGUACAGGAGAUCGCCGAUUCCAUUCAGAAUAAAAAGACGUACACCCACAAUAAGGCGAAAAUGGAAUAUGUGGGGUCUGACGAUGCCAUAGCUGAGCACAUAAAGCAUGUUCUUGCACAGACUCCUCUAGUUAAUGCUGCCUCCAUCCGUGAAUCAAACUUCUCAAUAGGUUUCUCUGGGUGCAAUGCGUCUGGUGCCAUGUAUAUCGUCUCUCUAUGCGAGCACUUGGGCGUCAGUCUCAAGGUACCUUACAUGAUGGAGCCAGGUCCACUUCCGCUACAGCCAGAGCCUAUUCCAGAAAACCUUGUCCAGUUUGGACAGGCUAUAAAGGACCAAGGAGACGUCCACGUGGGAUUUGCAGUUGACCCCGAUGCUGAUAGACUGGUUAUUCUUACUGAGACGGGCGUGCCGCUGGGAGAGGACUACACCCUUGCUCUGUGUGUUGACUACGCCCUUUCUCUUCAGCCUCCGGGCGAGUAUCAUAUAGUGACGAAUAUCAGUACAUCCCUAGUCGUUGCAGAUGCGUGCAGAAAGCAUGAGGAAAGGGGCGUCAAGGGUGUACUGCACUACACCGCAGUAGGAGAGGUCAACGUGGCACUCAAGAUGCUUGAACUGGGCGAUAGGUGUCUUGUUGGCGGUGAGGGGAACGGCGGCGUGAUGCUUCCGUCUGCGCACAUAGGCCGUGACAGCAUCGUGGCGAUUGUCCUUGUUCUCUCAUGGCUUGCUAAGAUGCGCAAGCUUCACGGAGAGAGGCCAAUUAGCGAGCUUGUUGCAGAACGAUUCCAGAAAUACUAUAUUAAGAAGAACAAGUAUACCAUAGCACCAGAGAAGCGAGCUAAGCUUGACAAGAAGCUGCAGGCCUUGGCGCAAGAAGCCUCCGAGUAUGACGUUGACACUGUUGAUGGGGUAAAGUUCACAUCCGUCAGCUCUCGUAAGUGGGUUCAUAUGCGCUUUAGCAACACUGAGCCUAUUAUUCGUAUAAUUUCAGAGGCACCGUCUGAAGACGAGGCGGUCGAACUGAUUAAGAAUUAUGAGAAGGCGCUUUCUUUGAUUACCUAA